AUGGCGACGGCAGGAGGAGCCGCUGCAGCCAGCGGCGAGGACAAGAGCAACGGGGGCAAGAUCCCCGUACCCGUCUUCGAUGGCACGAAUAAGACCAUGAAGAAGUACCGCCGAGAGGUCGCCACCUGGCAGAUCGGGACCGAGGUCAAGCCGCCCAAGCAGGGAGCGACCUUGCUGGCCAGCCAGAAGGGCAAGGCCGAAGAGGCGUGCGAGGAGCUCGACCUGGACGCCAUCAAGGGCGACGACUCAGUGGAGGUGUUCCUGGAGUACCUCGGGAAGCGCUUUCCCGAGAUCGAAGUGCUGGAGACCCCAGCGUUGCUGGAGACCUUCGUGCGCCAGGCCUGCGUCCAACACAAGUACGAGGAGAUCCGCGACUACAACAACCGCUUCCAUGGGAUCGCCACCGAGCUGAAGGCCAAGGGCAUCCAAGUGCCCGACGAGGUCUUGGCGGACCUGUACAUCAAGGGGGCCCGCCUGCCCCCGGAGCGCGCGGCGAGCGUGCUCAACGGUGUGGGCAACCAGUUCAACCCCACCAAGAUCCAGGAGCAGUUGAUGAUCAACUUGCCCAAGGUAUCGGUCGUGGACGGCAACAAGGACAGCCACGACACAGGAGGCUACGGAGGUCACAAGAACAAGGACCACAAGCGGGCGUACGCCACGGAGACCUACGAGGAGGAUCGCAGGGCCGAGCUCGACGGCGCGUCCUCAGACAGCUCCGACGACUACGAGGACGAGCUGCCCGACGAGCUGCAGGACGUGAUCGACGAGGCGGAGGAGCAGGUAGCGUUCUUCACCAAGAAGAUGGUGCGCGCCAAGGACAAGCUGAAGGAGGCGAAGCAGGCGCGUGGCUACUUCGCCAAGCGCGACGGCGGCAACCCGCCGAAGAGAGACGAUCCCAAGCUCGCCAAGAUGAAGGCAAGGACACACUACGGCGCAUGCGGCCAGAAGGGCCAUUGGCGCGGUGACCCGCAGUGCUCGAAGAAGAACGACCCUAACGCCAAGGCCGACAUCCCGAAGAAGGGAAGCAACAGGACGAACAUCGCCACGCACGAGACCAGCGACGCGCAAGAGCCUCACGUGGCGGAGAUGACGGUCGCGGCGGUCUACCAGCAGGACCAGCGGGCCGCGGCUCGCGACAGGAAGUACGGCGCGCUGCACAGCAUCGACUGGACGCAAAUCCGCCAGGCCGCCGAGCUACCCGAAGAAGUUACGGCGGCGGCGUUCUUCAUCAAUAAGGACCACCAGUGCCUGAUGGCCGCGACGAGCUCGGCGCUGAUCUACCUCAGCGUCAAGGAGUCGGGGGGCAAGCUGACCUUCGACACGGCCUGCGCUCGGUGCGUCGGCGGCCUCGACUGGUACAACGACAUCAAGAAGAGGCUGGCCGCCUUCAACAUCCAGCCCAUCGAGUACCCCGAGAAGGAGCCGUUCCGGUUCGGGGCGUCGAAGGUGGUGUUCAGCCUCAAGGCGGCGCUGAUCCCCUGUUCGGUGAACGGCAAGGCCUUCACCGUCCGCAUGAGCAUCGUGCGCAGCGCCGUGCCAGGACUGUUCAGCCGCAAGGCCCAGAGCGAGCUGGACAUCGUCUACCACGCCGGAGACAACAAGCUGGACAUCAACUCGAUCGACGAGCACGACAUCCAGAUGGGCCUGAGCCGCGCCGGACACCCGACGCUGGACAUCACAGGCUUCGCGCCGGGCUACAAGCCCGUUUCGGACGUCUCGGAGACCAAGGCCGAGAUUCGUCUCCACCCUUGUGCUUCUUACCACGCUGAGACAGCUGUAACCAGCGCCGCCAAGCCGGCGGUGCCCGAGGCUCGCCACCAAAGGGUAGCCUCGGAGGCCGACGAGUCUCAGUCGGACACUGACUGCGACGCGCUCGAUAGCGCCGAACUGUUCGAGCAGCAGGUGCGCCAGGAGACGAGCCCGGGGGGCAGCGGCCAGAACUUGCCGACGACGAGUACUGCCCGUCUCCCGGCGAUAUCCAGCAUGCGGAUGCCGGACCUGCAGGCCGAGGUGGCAAGCUGCGACUUGGAUGUGCGCGACGCCACCUGCGACCAGCUCCGGGUGAUCUUGCGUGCGCUGAGGGCCGAGGGCCGCGAGAGCACGCCGCAGGGCGACUACAUCCCGGGGCUCGGCAAGAAUAACAAGGAGGAGCUCCAGCAGCUGCGCCGGGACCGCCAGAUCGAGUUCGACCAGCGCACGACCGUGCCGGAGCUCAGGCAGCGCCUCAAGGGCUGGAAGGUCGAGGACUCGGCCAGCAAUGCCUCGGCAACGGUGGCUCAUCCGAGCUCGCAGGUCACCGGGGCCGACAAGAUGCGCUUCGGCAAGUGCCCCACGGCGGACUACCGCUGGGUGCUCAAGAACGACCUGGGCUACGCGCAGUGGGCAGUCCUGGAGCUCAACAGCAGCCGGGCAAGCCCGCUCCUGGCGCGAUUCGCCAGGUGGGUCAAGGCGCACGGAGCGCAGCCCCUUCCCCCGGAGAAGGCCAAGACCACCUUGGAGGUAGUGAUGGCCGAGGAGGUGGUGCUGGACGACGAGUGUUUGGCGCCGGCGGCGGCGACCACGAGGGCCUCAGCAAGCCAGGGGAGCUUGGCCGGGCAUCGGCGCCAGCGUCCUCCGGAGCCGCACGAGGUGGACACCAGCGACAUGGGCUUCGAGAAGGCGGGCGAGACCGACAAGGAGGAUCCCCCGAGCGGCAUCAAGAAGGGCAAGCGCGUCGGCCUCCUCUACCAGGUCACGGGCUUGCUGAGCGCCUUCGCCUUUCAGACGGUGCUCACCGCGGACUGGCUGGCUAGACCUCUCAAGCCAGUGGUGCAGCAUGCCACCAGUGCUGCGCGAGACGUGGUCGACCACGUCCAGAACGUCAGGGAGGCCUACAGCGUUCGCAGCCACCGCGUGGACGUCAUGCAAGUGUUCGGAGGCGAAGGCGGCAUUACCGAGGCGGCGUGGAAGCGCCAGUUGACGGCCACUGAGGUGAUCGACCGCAAGUACGGAUGGGACUUACGCAAGCAGAAGGACCUCGACGCGACGUACGACCUGUACUACGCCUCAAGGCCGAAGUUCGUGUCAAUCGAGCUACCUUGCACUCACUACACGAACAUCACGCACCUCAGCUGUCGGACGCCGCAGGCCAAGCAGGCGCUCCGGCGGAUCUGGAGGGCAGAGCGGCCGUUCCUUUUAUUGGCCCGCGACCUCUUCAAGCACCAGCUCGACUCUGGCGACAUGGCCAUGAUCGAGAAUCCGGCCACCAGCCGGCUCUGGGCACAGCGCGCGAUUUUGGAGUUACUGGCGGACGAGCGCGUGCACCAGGUGAGGUGCGACAUGUGCGAGUACGGAGCUCGACACUACAAGACCGGGGGACUCAUCAAGCACCCCACGAAGCUGCUCGUUACCCACAAGGAGUUCGAGCAGCUGAAGCGCACCUGCAGCCACAAGCACCACGACCAGACCUUCGGGGACAACGUGGCGGUGGACUGCCAGUCGCACUCGUCGCCCUUCAUCGUGACAGUGCCCAGGGGGCAGGCCACAGCCUACGUGAGCGACGCCGCGCCCCUGGGAGAGACGGGCGAGCCUGAUGGGGACCCAGACCCCAUGGGCGGCGGAGACGACUUCGCCGACACUCACGACGUGCGGGCCGAAGAUACUGUGGACGGCAGGAUCGGGGUCGGCGCGAUUACCUUCGCAAAGAAAGCAGCGGCCUGCUGCAAGCCAGCCGAACUGGCCAUGCUCAAGAAACUCCAUGUCAACAUGGGCCAUCCGUCUAAUGAAGAUUUGGGCCGCAGUUUGCGACUCAAAGGCGCUAAGUCGGCCACCGUCCAGGCCGUCAAGGGGCUGAUCUGCGGGGUGUGCCGCUCGCAGCAGCGCCCGAGCGCGAGGCGACCAGCGCACCUCCACUUCGUGCAAGAUUUUGAAGACGACGUCGGCUUCGACUGCUUCGAGCUCAAGGACGUCGACGGCAAGAGCUACUGGUACUUCAAUAUCGUUGACCUGGCCACCACCUUCCACGUCGCGACGCUGAUCGGUCGCCACACCAGCCAGGAGUUCGCCGCCGCGUUCGAGAGGUGCUGGACCUCCUGGGCAGGCGUACCGGACCGAGUCCACUUCGACAUGGAGAAGGGGUUCGGCGGCGCCCUCAGCGAGCUCUUCCAGUCAUUCAACGCGGUGCAGCUGCCCAUCGCCGGUCAGGCACAUUGGCAGCUCGGUCGCGUGGAACGCCAGGGAGCUUGGUGGAAGGAGCUCGCGGCGAGGACGAUCGAGCACUCGUCGAUCAGGGGCGAGGGCGAGAUGCGGACGCUGGCCAUCAUGGUCUCGGGCGCGAACUCGCUGAGAAGGAUGCAGAACGACGACCAGCUCCGGCGAGCUAUGUUGGCUCGCGCGCGCACGGUGGCGACGCCCUUGUCAGUGGGCGAGAUGUGCUACGUCUUCCGCCAGGUCAAGAAGAAGGAGCAGCGGGAGCAGCACAACCGCAACGCCAAGAAGGGCAUCUGGCGAGGGCCGUGCGUAGUCAUCGGCCACCAAGGCGAGAACACCUGGGUCUCGCUAGGAGGGCACACCAUGCUGGCGGCCCCGGAGCACAUCAAGGCACUCGCUCCGGACGACGUCUGGUUCCCGAUCGGCAGGGGCGAGAUCGGUCAGGCCGUGGCCGAGCUCAACCGGGCUCGCGACUCGCUCGAACAGGAAGAGGCUCCGGUGGAGGAGAUCCGCCCGGCGCCUGGCGAGCCCGAGGUCAAGCCAGACGAGAUGGAGCAGGCGUGGCGGGAAUUUAUCGACAACCCGGGCGACAGCGACCUCAGGCUGAACGUCUCCGAGGAUCCGCCCCAGCAGGAGCAGAUCCAGGUGCUGCCCGCCGACGUGCCGCAGCAAGCUGAAGAAGAGCGAACCUACGGCCCUGACGAGUUCCGACGACGUCGAGCUACCUUCGACGGGGGGGGCAGCGGCGAUUUCGGCCCGGCCUUCAAGCGCCUCCAGACCGAGAGGGAGCACGCAGGCUCUGGCGCCAUGUCGGCUCCAAGACAAGAACUGCAAACCUCCAUCAUGACCGGGAGGAUCAAGCGCAAGCAGGCCGACAUGGAGAUCCACUGGAGAGCCAUCAAGGACUCCGAUCGGGAGCUCUUCAGGGAGGCGGCCGCAAAGCAGUGGAGCGAGUGGCAGAAGUAUGGCUCUUGUCAGGUACUCUCCAUCGAGGAGUCCGAGGCGAUCAGGAGCAUGAUCAAGCCCAGCCUCAUCCUGCCCAGCCGGUUCGUGUACCGGGACAAGAACGCCCCGCUGCGGACCGACAAGCAUCCGCUGCCGGUCAAGGCGAAGGCCCGACUCUGCGUCGGGGGUCACAUGGACCCGCGCCUCGCUCAGGGGGACCUGUGGACGGGCGCGCCCACGGUGACCCGCAACUCGACCAUGCUGUUCUUCACUAUCUGCCAGAGGUUCGACCUGGAGAUCUACGCGGCGGACGUGGAGGCGGCUUUCAUGCAAGGCGACAAGCAGCCCGACCAGCAGCUGCACAUGGCCCAGCCUCGCGAAGGUCUGCCUGGGCUCAACCCGAAGCAGCUGAUCAAGAUCCCCAAGGGAGUUUUCGGGCUGGCGACGGCACCGAGGCAGCGGCGGGCGAAGCUCAAGAGGACCUUGCUCGCGGUGGAGGAGAAGCUGAACGACAACUACGUGUUCCGCCUGCACCGGCACUCGCUGGACCCAGCGCUGUACUACGGCUACGACCAGCACGGGGAGCUCUGUGCGGUGGUGGUCGCCCACGUGGACGACUUGCUGCUGGGGAUCUCGCGCAAGUGCCCGGGCCUCUACGACAGGCUUCACAAGCUUUUGCCCUGGGGCGACUGGCGAGGCACGCCUUUUACCUUUUGCGGCAAGCAGGCCCGGCGAGAUCAAGAAGGAGUAGUGCAUCUACGACAAACCGAGUACGCGAACACCAUCGAGGAGAUUCCGCUCAGCAAAGAGCGCAAGACGGAACUGUCGUUAGAUGCUACGCCAGCCGAGUUCUCGGACAACCGCUCCGCACUCGGAGCGCUCGGGUGGCUUUCAUCGCAGACUCGUCCCGACCUGGCAGCUGGAGUGGCCAUGAGGCAGCGAACCCAGAACAAGCCCACCAUCCAGGACUUGCUCGAGACGAACAGGCUCAUCAAGCUGGCGCGGAAGCACGCGGACGUGGGUUUGGAGUUCCUCAAGCUACGUGGACCUCUGUGCCUGGUGACGUUCCACGACGCCAGUUGGGCCAACGCUGAUGAGCCAGCUGAAGGCGCCAUCUCCAAGUUGCUCGCCAAGACCAUGGGAGCAAACAGUAAGGACAAGAAGAUCAAGAUUCGCUCGCAGGCCGGCUACGUGAGUUUUCUCGCAGAG